AUGGUAGGGCCUGAGCAGCUGAGGGACUCUAGAAUCUACGUCGACGGUGUAUUCGAUCUAAUCCAUUGGGGACAUUUAAACGCUCUCCGCCAAUCGCAUGAAUUAGGAGGUAAAGUCGUUGUAGGAGUCGUCUCAGACGAAGAAACCAACAGAGCAAAGGGAAUCUACCCAAUCUACAGCCAGGAAGAAAGAGCAGAACUCGUUAAAGGCUGCAAAUGGGUUGACGACGCCAUCGUUGGCACACCGUAUGACGUAUCGCUAAACUUUUUACACAAUGUAGCAAAAUGCGACGUUGUUGCCCAUGGCGACGAUAUCGCUAUCGGAAGCAGUGGGAAGGACUGCUACGAAGAACCCAAAAAUGCAGGAAAAUUUGUCUACUUUAAACGCUCAUGUGGAGUGAGCACAUCUACAACGUUGUUUCGCUUGAUAGAGGCGCUCGAGAGCGAACGCUUUUCUCACCUGGGAGAGCUCGAAAGAGGAAUUUCCGUGGAUUUUGAACAAUGUUUGAGGAGAAACGAAGAGGAAAUGAUAAACGAGGGGUUUUUAGAAGAAGACAACGAGACUAAAAGAACUAUUCGCUAUCCCAGAUGUUGCAUGAGUGCGAACCUCUUUGGAAAGUUCAUCCCAAAUAUUCCCAGACCACCAAAUGGGCGCAUUGUUUAUGUAGAUGGAAGUUUUGAUGUCUUCCACAAUGGGCAUCUGCGAUUAUUGGAAAAAGCAAAGGCGAUGGGAGACUAUCUAGUUGUAGGAAUCUAUGAUGAUCAAACUGUUCGGACACUCAAAGGAUCCCCGUUUCCCUUUACAAAUCUCUUGGAUCGCGCACUCAUUGUUUCAGCAAUGAAGUAUACUGAUGAUCUCAUUCUAGGGGCUCCCUAUAUUAUCACUCGCUCAUUCAUCAAGACCAUGGGAAUCACCCUAGUCGUAGCUGGAACUUCAGAUGAUAAUAGUCUAAUUAGAAAAAAGCUCAACCCACACAAAGACCCAAAGGAGCUUGGAAUCAUGCACUAUAUAGACUCUGGUUCAUCAACAACUAGCAUGGAUAUCAUCAAACGAGUAUCAAAGAGGAUGAAACACAUUAGGGAAAACAUUUCUAACCGCUAUAAACGUGAAAAAAUGAAUGGAACACACUAA